GGGCUGGCCCACCUCCUCCUCAACUCCUACCAGGAGCGUCUCAUCCAGAAUCGACUGCAGGAGGAGCAGGAGAGAGAGGAGGGCGCACUGGAGGAGGAUGAAGAUGACGAAGAUGAUGAUAACAGAGUCAAGGAGAAGGAGCCCACAGCGGAGGAGAAGGCUCUGCUCCGGGAGGAGUUCAUCAGUCAGAUGCACCAGCGCUUCUUAGACGGCAAAGACAAGGAUUUCAACUACAGUGAAGUGGAUGAAAACCCGGACUACGACAACUUGGACAUUGUCAACAGAGAUGCUGAGGAAAAGUACUUUGAUGAUGAUGAUGAGGAGGAGGAAGAGGAUGAAGACAAUAUGAUGGACUAGAUGCUCCAGUUGUGUUUCACCUCUCGGACUGACCUGUAAAUACACAUGUACAAAAUAAGGAUUCUGUUUUUCGAUGUUUCACCUGAAUGCAAACACAGCUGAUAAUAAACACAGCUGGAAGCUC